AUGUCGGCCCAGCGACAAGCCUCAUCUGCCUCGCAGACCCCACACCUCUCACCAGCAGAACUUUCCUACCUCUACACCUCGCUUGCGCUUCCCGACAGUCCCAUUCGACCAGACGGGCGCUCUCCCACACAGUUCCGACCCUUAACAGCGGAAACCGAUAUCCUCCCAGGCACCAAUGGCAGCGCGCGGGUCGGAUUCGCAGACGGCACGCAAGCUAUCGUCGGAGUGAAAGCGGAGGUUGAGAAGACAGCCCUGGCGGCAGAGGCCCUGAAGGUCUCGCAGUUGUCAUCGGGGGAUGAUUACACGGCCGAUCAAGGCGCGGACGGCAAGGAGGGGAUGGGCGCAGCGGGCGGGCACGAAUCGUGGGUGCAGAUCUCCAUUGAGAUUCCUGGUUUUCGGGACGACGAUGCCUUGCCUGUUUUCCUGUCGGAGAUGAUGCGGGAGCCGCUGAUUGAGUCGGUGUCGAGUGCGCAGGGAGGGGAUGUGGAGAUGGCUGGCGGUCUGAAGGGGAGGCUGGUCAUUAACCGCCGGUGGCAUUGGAGGUUGUAUAUUGAUGUUUUGCUGCUCUCGCAGCCUCUAUCGUACCCGCUUCCUUUACUCUCUCUGACGACACACCUGGCGCUUUUGUCGACGAGACUGCCCAAACUGAAAUCCAAGGGCGAAGAGGACCCGUUCUUCGACGAUGAUUGGAACGUGGCGGAAUAUCUCUACCCUCGCCAGAGUUCUGGGAAUGCUACCACACCCUCACCUUCGCAAUUCGUUCGACCUCCAGUGACGCUGCUGGUCAUCUCCGUGGCCGAUAACAUCAUCUUCGAUCCCAGCAGGGAGGAGAUUGCCGUUGCAGAUACCGUCUUGGCGCUUUCGGUCUGCCGCGACGGCGAGACUGGUAGUCUGAAAUUGCUCUCUAUGAGAACGAUUGACCCUCCAUCCCGUCUGACACAGCCGGGUGUGCCCAACUCGGAGAAUGUCGCUACGAUAGGGUCUUCGGCUGCUGCAGAGGAUGCUGCUAUCUUGAGCCCUUCCACCGGCGAGGAGGAAGUUCCCGGAGUCUGGAGACCUCGACGUGGUGGGGUUAAAAGAAGCACGAUCGCGCGCAUGGUGAAAGCGGUGCUGGAGAAGGGUGGUGUUGGCGAGGAUGUAUUAGAGGGACUAGAGGGAGUUUCCGUCGGUUGA